AUGGAGGCUGCAGUAGCAGCGUCAUCGGCAGCAGCAGCGGCGGACAUGACAACAACAGCCGUCGCUGUCACAGCAAGGUCCAAAACACAACACAAACAGAGGCUCACCGUUGUUUCCUCCGACACCGACUUCAUCAGUCCAGAAGUCGUGGCGGCCAACACGUCCGCUGCUCUCACAGCUGAGGCUGUGCGCCGCAUGGAGGUUUUUGUGCUGCAGACAAUACACGAGAUUGUGAGUACAACGCGGCAGUCAACACUGCGGGAAAAUAGGCUCAAUGUGAUACGGUUGCAAUUUUUGGUGCUCCGCCUUCUUUAUCACAAUCUUCAUCUUGGAAUAAUCAGCACACAACGCGAUGUCUAUUACCACCUUGCCCGCCUUGUUCCUGAUCAGAGUUGUAUUAACCGGGCUAUACAACAACUCGUACAGAUACUUGGUAUUCCGCGGCAGUGGCUCGGCGUCGUGCCUGGAACGCGCGGCUGUGUUGGCGGGUCACUGAGUUUUCACGGUGUUGAUCUGCGGUACGGGGGAUCGGAGGGGUUGCCGCUGCCAACGACGCAAGAAGAGCUACGCGUCGUAAGGGGUGGUGGUGCCGAGGGCACAGCUGGAGCGAAGCGCGAGGAGGACGCCGUUGCUGGCUUUGAGCUCCAUGGACAGACACGCUGCCUCAUUGUUGUGGAGAAGCACGCCAUAUUUUUUAGACUGAUGGAGGAGCGAAUUUUUGAACGACUUCCAUGCGUGUUGCUCACGUCUCACGGUUUUCCGACUGUUGCGGCCCGAACACUUUUGUCCAAUUUGCACCGAGCCGCCCCGCGUGUCCCCGUUGUGGCACUUGUUGACUACAACCCAAGUGGACUCGCUAUUUUGCAGCAGUACAAGUAUGGCGCAGGUGGCAUGCGUGAGAGCCAGUACACUGCUGUGCAUGCUCUUCAUUGGCUCGGUUUGCGAAGUCCUCACAUUUUACAGGCGCCUGACCCAGUUGUUGUUGCAUCGCCCCCGCUUCCGGCUUCGAAGACUUCUCCUACUACCUCUCCUCAUCCUCCCCCCCGGCGUCUGCUGCCUCGUCUUCCCUUUCAGCAUUUCACUCAGCGCGAUACCGCGAUGAUGGCGAAUCUCUUGUCCCGGUGGCGUGGCGUAAGCGAGGGCUGCGAGGGGGCCGACGCCGACGCCGUCAAGGCUUGGUAUGCGGAGGCCCUAAAAAUGCGGCACCUGCAGGUGAAAGUUGAGCUGGAGGUAUUGUACCAGCAUGAAGCCGAAGAGUUGAUGCAGGCGUCGUCGUCUUCAUUGCGGCUCUCAGAUGGGCACGGGUUUGCUGCCUGGGUGUGUCGAAUCAUCCUUCGCCAUGACUACCUUUGA